GCCGGCACACGAUAUAGCGGUAUAAAAAGUCCCCGACGAGAGAAUAACAUUUGAAUGUGACUCUUGUGUUGCUGGAAUCGCAGAGAGGGAUCUUCCACCCUUUUGCAAACCUUGGAGUGCAAGAGUUGUCCUGCAAACAGCAGUAGAUAGACAACACAAUGAAGGUCGCAGUAUUCUUUAUCCUCAGUUGCCUGGUGGGGGAGGGCAUGGGGAAGCCUGAGUUUCCAGAGAAAGAGAAGAACCCUGCUUUCUGGAGACAAUGGGCUCAGACUUCGAUAAAAAAUGCCUUAAACCUUCAGAACCUCAACAAGAACAUUGCCAAGAAUCUUAUCCUCUUUCUUGGUGAUGGUAUGGGUGUACCCACAGUGACGGCAGCACGGAUUCUAAAGGGUCAACUGAAUGGACAAAGCGGCGAGGAGUCACAACUGGAGAUGGACAAAUUUCCCUACAUUGCCCUCUCUAAGACAUAUAACACCAACGCUCAAGUACCAGACAGUGCAGGCACUGCCACAGCAUUCUUGUGCGGGGUGAAGGCCAACGAGGGUACAGUGGGAGUAAGUGCAGCAGCUGUCAGAUCCCAGUGUAACACCACUCAGGGGAACGAGGUCACCUCCAUUCUAAGAUGGGCCAAAGAAGCAGGCAAAUCAGUGGGAAUUGUCACUACAACACGUGUGAACCAUGCCACGCCCAGUGCAGCCUAUGCCCACAGUGUAGAUCGGGACUGGUAUUCAGAUGGGGAUAUGCCCACCGAGGCACUGCAGAGUGGCUGCAAAGACAUUGCCCGACAACUCUUCGAAAACAUCCCUGACAUUGAUGUGAUUAUGGGGGGUGGGCGGAGAAACAUGUACCCUAAAAACGUAUCAGAUGUGGAGUACCCAGGAGACAAGAAACACAACGGUACACGCAAGGAUGGCAGGAAUCUUUUGGCGGAGUGGAUCGACAGAGUGAAGGAUAAGAGAGGUCAUUAUGUAUGGAAUAAGGGGAGUCUUCUUUCCUUGAACCCAAACAAUGUGGAUUAUCUGUUAGGUCUGUUUGAGCCAGCAGAUCUGGCAUAUGAACUUGAGAGAAACAAAGACACAGACCCUUCCCUCACCGAAAUGGUAGAUGUGGCCAUUAAGAUUCUCAAAAAAAAUGAACGUGGGUUUUACUUGCUUGUGGAAGGUGGGCGCAUUGACCAUGGACACCACGAGGGAAAAGCAAAGCAGGCCUUACACGAGGCCGUGGAGAUGGACCGGGCCAUUACCCGAGCUGGUCUUCUCACCAGUGUCCAUGACACCCUGACUGUUGUCACUGCUGACCACUCUCAUGUCUUCAGCUUCGGAGGCUACACACCACGAGGGAACUCAAUUUUCGGUUUAGCCCCCAUGGUGAGUGAUGUUGACAACAAGCCUUUCACGUCCAUUCUGUAUGGAAAUGGCCCAGGGUUCAAGAUGGUUAAUGGUGAAAGAGAAAAUGUCUCGACCGUGGACUAUGAGCAAAAUAACUAUCUGGCGCAGUCUGCCGUUCCCUUGCGCUCGGAGACUCAUGGGGGUGACGACGUGGCCAUCUUCUCCAAAGGUCCCAUGGCUCAUCUCCUUCAUGGAGUCCAGGAGCAGCAUUAUAUUCCCCAUGUCAUGGCCUACGCAGCUUGCAUUGGUCAAAACAAAGACCACUGCCGGGCAGGGUCCGGUGCAGCUCCCUCUUUCAACCACAUCUCCCCUAUUUUGGCUGUUCUUCUCACAGUUACAUGGCUCCUGUGUUGACCUGUUGCUUUUGGAAUAAUCUCUCAACCUUCAGUUAUUAGAUUAGGAACUAUCUUUACUGAUUCCUUCAAGUGGAGUUUCGAUGAUUUUAGAUAAUAUUUGAUUCGUUUUUCUUAACAGCAUUUCUUAACAUUUUAUCAACACUGGGACCAAUGCCUGGGCAUUAUGAAGAGCCUGAAGAGAAUACGGUCAAUAUUUGGGAUUCUAUUGGAAUAAUGGAAAGAAAAAGUGAUGCAGGAAAAUGCUGGCAAUUUUGACUUGCCAUUUAGAGUUAGAACAAGCUCACACUACACCUUUUUGUGUCAGAAAUUCUGCUAAAUUGCAUGAGCAAUUUCACUUUUCUCUUGUGUAUUUUUGCAAUGAUGCAAACAAAAGGUCAUACAAUAAAACGUGGAGAAUUUUGUUCUUGCCAUUUAAAGUAAAACACACUCACAUUUACGGAGCCCCUUAGAGGACAGGGAGGGAAUUUAUUUUCAUAAAUAGUUUUACGUUCCUUUGCAAUAAACAAACCUUGCUUUUACUUUAGUAAUAUUGUAAUGGCCAUGACUGUAGUAACCAUGGCUAUUUUGUGUUUACUAUAGUUUUACUACAAAUAUCAUGGUUAAACAAAGGUUACUAUUUAUUAUUAUUAAAUAUGGUGUUACUAGUAAAACUGUAAUAACCAUGUUUUUUUUGUUCUUUCCUUUUUUUUUAUGAUGAUUUUAUUUUAUUAUUGAUUUGAUUAUGAUUUUUAUUAUCAUAGUUUUGGUUUUCCUGUAUUAUUACUUUGGUUUUACUACAAAUACCAUGGUUAAAAUAUGGUAACGGUAUUAAAACCAUGGUAAAUUUUGUGUUUAUGGUUUUAAUACACAUAUCAUCGUUAAACUAUAGUUACUGUAGUAAAAUCAUGGUAAAAGUCGUGGUUAUGGUUUUACUACAAAUAUCAUAGUUGAACUAUAGUUACUGUAGUAAAAUCAUGGUAAAUGUUGUGGUUAUGGUUUUACUACAAAUAUCAUAGUUGAACUAUAGUUACUGUAGUAAAAUCAUGGUAAAUGUUGUGGUUAUGGUUUUACUACAAUUAUCAUAGUUGAACUAUAGUUACUGCAGUAAAAUCAUGGUAAAUGUUGUGGUUAUGGUUUUACUACAAUUAUCAUAGUUGAACUAUAGUUACUGUAGUAAAAUCAUGGUAAAUGUUGUGGUUAUGGUUUUACUACAAUUAUCAUAGUUGAACUAUAGUUACUGUAGUAAAAUCAUGGUAAAUGUUGUGGUUAUGGUUUUACUACAAUUAUCAUAGUUGAACUAUAGUUACUGUAGUAAAAUCAUGGUAAAUGUUGUGGUUAUGGUUUUACUACACAAACAGUGGUUUAACUUUAAAUACCAUACUGUAGUACAACUAUGGUUACUGUAGUAAAACCAUGGCUAAUUUAUUUUGAGGAAAUGCAAAACAUAUUGCAAGGGAGUGCAAAUCAUUGAGAGGGAAUGCAAAAUUUCUUUUUUACAAAAUAAAUUCCCUUGAUGUCCUCUGAGAGGCUCUGUACACAUUACACAAUUUUUGCUCAGAAAUGUUUGCAUGAGCAACUUCACUUUUCUCUCUUGUACUUUAGUGAGUUUCGAUGUCGGGAUAAUGUUAGGUCAAAUGUCAUAAAAUUUGUGCACUUCAUCUAUGCUUAAUCGUAUAGGAUGCGCACUGCUAUGUCAGGAGGACCGAUAACAAGAUACAAUGUUGUUUAAUAUAAGCAGUACACCCUGAUAGCACACAGAUUUUGCCCAGACGUCUAUCUGAUUUAUCUGUUUUCAUCUGGAAGAUGUAAUUUUAUCUAAAUCGUUCCCUGUCGGAUGUAUUGCAGUUGGCAGAAGCUUCUAUCCAAAGCAACUUGAGGUGAAUUCAAGAUAUACAUUUAUCAGUUUGUGUGUUCCCUGGUAAAUCAACCCAUCAUUUUGCCUUAAGUAUCGGCAAUCUACCAGUUGAGCUACAGGAACGUUUAUUUCGAUUUUGAUUUAGAAUGUAUGUGAAAACGAUCUUUUUAAGAUCUACUUCAGAUGUUGUCCAAGAUAAUUAAAAUGUGAUGCUUUCCAGAUGAUGCACUCUUUAACAGACUACUUGGUGACAUAUGUGUGCUGGCUGGGAAGAGAGUUUGAAAGUUGUGUAGUGUGAGCUUGGCCUUAAUUACUCGAUAAGUGUCAGCAAAGCGAUGAUUAUUUUUGAGUAAUUUUUAAAGAAGUAAUUUUGUGACAAAAUCAGCCUGAACACAGAAAUUGCUCCACUUACCAUAAUGACUGUUUACCAUAGUAACAUAACAUUGUAGCACCUCAAUUAGCAUUUCUUUGUUUUUCCUAAAAAUUAAAUACAAUCUACCUCACUGCAUAGCAUUCCCCUGUGAUGAUUAGUUAAAAAUUCCCAGAUCACCAAUUUAGAGCAAUUCUUAACUGUUUUGUAUUGCUAUUUAAAAUGUUGUUUUCCAGAAAGACUAUUUCCUUUUACUAGUAAAGCCAUGUUUUUAAAUUUGUUGGUGGAUCUGAAAUUGAAAUUGAACUUUAUCUGUAUCCUAUUUGAUCAUCAUACUGAAUGUGGUGUAUUUUCUGAAGUUUUUUUUUUGAGCUCUUAUGUUUAAAUAUGAAUGUAGACAAUUCCUUUGAAUUACACAUGAAUAAUAACAAAAAUGUGGACUCAGUUUAACAGUCUAAAUGGCAGAUGUUUCAUUUCAAGUUAAUUUCUUUUAUUUGCCAGAGCUUAUUGGCUUUUCACUUGGACCCAAUUUCAAACAUUCUGAAAGAACAGACGGAUUUCUGGGGACUGAGAAAAUAUUACACAAUAAAGAAAGAGAGUGGA